UGUUGACAAUUUUGAGAAUUUGAGAAUCUCAGAAGGAUACUGCCACUGCCAGGCAAACGACUUGCUUCUUUCUUACAUUGUUAUUUCAGAUUACAAAAUCUCAAUUUUGCGCCAUUUUUGUGUUGUUCAUCUAGUGUAGGGAGAUGCUAUAUAACUUCAAUUUCUACAUUAGAGUUCGAAAACCUUUAGCCAAACCUCACAAGUUCAUUGCUUUCUUAGAGUUUCGUACAUGUAUUUCUGGCAUUAAUGGUGAAUUCACGGGGAAAGAGGUUACUUCAACACGCAGAAGCCAUUUCUUUUCAAACCCAUUAGCCCGUAUUGGACCUAGUGCUUAUUAUUCUUCAUUUUCUUCAAGAAGCUCAAUUGCUAGUUCUCUUUCAAGCACUAGUACUAGGGGUUAUGGUGUGGGGAUAGGUAAAAGUGAUGAUAGUGACGAUGGGUAUGGCAGAUUUAGGCAAAUGGGCUCCAGGGUUUCUGGGAGCCAGCAAGACUCUUACCCUGUUAAUUUUGAUGAAGUUAAAGAGCUUAAGGAUGAUGAUGAUGACGAUGAAGAUGAAGAAGGAGAGGAUGUUAAUGAUGAUGAUUUUAUGGUUUUGAAUUCGUUUAAUAGGAAUCGUGAACAAAGAGAAGAUGUUAGAAGAGAUGAGGCGGACGAGGAAGAAAAAAGACACCCUUUGGUGAGACAGAUCUGUAGAUUAAUCACACUCAGCUCGAGUUGGAAUCCAAAGCUUGAAGGGGAGUUGAGGCAUUUACUCAGAAGCCUCAAGCCUCGGCAAGUUUGUGCUGUUUUGCAGUCUCAGACGGAUGAACGGGUUGCUUUGAAAUUGUUCUAUUGGGCUGAUCGGCAGUGGAGGUACAGACAUGACCCGGUCGUGUACUAUACGAUGCUCGAGGUUCUUAGUAAGACUAAAUUGUGUCAGGGUGCUAGACGUGUUCUUCGGCUCAUGGCACGCAGGGGUAUUGAGCGCCGGCCUGAAGCUUUUGGUUAUGUGAUGAUAUCAUAUAGUCGGGCAGGCAAGUUAAGGAAUGCAAUGCAGGUGUUAACCUUGAUGCAAAGAGCAGGAGUAGAACCCAAUUUGUGGAUAUGUAACACUGCGAUCAAUGUUUUGGUGAGGUGGAAUCAUCUGGAAAAGGCAUUGAGGUUCUUGGCUCGGAUGCAACUUGUUGAAAUUACACCUAAUGUUGUCACCUAUAACUGCUUGGUAAAGGGGUAUUGUGAUGUACAUCGCAUUGAAGAUGCCAUGGAACUGAUCGCUGAAAUGCCACUAAAGGGAUGCCACCCAGAUAAAGUUAGCUACUAUACAGUGAUGGGUUUUCUCUGCAAGGAGAAAAGGGUUAAAGAGGUGAGGGAAUUGAUGGAGAAGAUGUUGAAGGACAGUAAAUUGAUACCAGACCAGGUUACUUACAAUACUCUUAUUCAUAUGUUCUGCAAGCAUGGUCAUGGGGAUGAGGCUUUGGAAUUCUUAAGGGAGGCAGAGGAGAGGCAUUUUUCUGUGGAUAAGGUCGGGUAUAGUGCAAUAGUUCACUCAUUUUGUAAGGCAGGGAAGAUUGAUGUGGCAAAAGAAUUAGUAAAGGAAAUGUUCAGAAAGGGUUGCAUUCCUGAUGUUGUGACUUACACUGCUGUUCUUAAUGGGUUUUGCCUUCUAGGAAAGGUGGAUCAAGCUAAAAGGAUGCGUCAGCAGAUGUACAAGCAUGGUUGCAAACCAAACACUGUGUCAUAUACAGCCUUGUUACAUGGGCUUUGUCAGUGUGGAAAAUCCUUAGAAGCUAGAGAGAUGAUCAACACGAGUGAGGAAGAGUUGUGGACCCCUAAUGCAAUCACUUACGGUGUUGUGAUGCACGGCCUGCGUAGGGAAGGGAAAUUAUCUGAGGCCAUUGAUUUGGUAAGGGAGAUGUUAACAAAGGGCUUUCUUCCAACCCCAGUUGAUAUUAACGUACUAAUUCAGUCCCUCUGCCGAGAGGGGAAAAUGCACGAGGCUAAAAAGUUCAUGGAGGAGUGUCUGAACAAUGGAUGUGCUGUUAAUGUGGUAAACUUUACCACUUUAAUUCAUGGAUUUUGUAAGAAGGAUGACUUGGAGGCUGCUCUGUCAUUGCUCGAUGACAUGUAUCUGAGUAACAAACACCCUGAUGCAUUCACGUAUACUACAUUGAUUGAUGCAUUGGGGAAGAAAGGUAGAAUAGAAGAAGCUACUGAACUUUUAAUGAAGAUGUUGAAGAAGGGUGUGGAUCCUACUCCUGUUACGUACAGGGCAGUUAUCCACCGGUAUUGCCAGAUGGGUAGGGUGGAAGAUUUGUUAAAAUUAUUAGAGAAAAUGCUUUUAAGACAGUCAUGCAGAACAGUGUAUAAUCAAGUUAUUGAAAAGCUUUGUCGUUUUGGAAAUCUUGAGGAGGCUGAUAAACUCUUGGGUAAUGUGUUGAGAACAGCUUCAAUAAUUGAUGCUAAAACAUGUCACAUACUCAUGGAGAGUUAUUUGAACAAAGGGAUUCCUUGGUCAGCGUAUAAGGUUGCCUGUCGAAUGUUCAACCGGAAUCUGAUUCCUGAAUUGAAGUUAUGUGAGAAGGUGAGUAAGAGACUGAUGUUAGAAGGAAAAUCAGAGGAGGCGGAUAAGCUUAUGCUAAGUUUUGUUGAGCGUGGACAUAUUUUAUCCGACUGUCAAGAGCAUUUGGGAAGCUAGUGGGAGUAUAGAUCUGACUUUUCCAUCAGCAUUAUUUGCUGCUAUCAUCAACUUCUUUUAUCGUGGUUCAGCAUGAGAAGUGGCUGUUUUUUCAAACUACAGCAGUCUGACCGCCAUUAUCUCUAGCAUUUGAGGAUACCUUUGUGGCCUGACUCUCUUACAGGCCAUCCUUAGCUGUGAAAAGCUUGUGCAACACCUUCAGUAAGCACAUUGACAGCCCAGUAAGUUAGCCAAUAGUAAAGCAAAGGAUCCUCCCGCUGUACCACAAGAACUUCGGCCCUGGAAGUUAUUGAAGAACAGUAUAUGAUAGGCCCAGAAUUAUGAGGCUUCACUUGCUAUUUUGAGAAAGAACUAUAAUACAGUUACAAGAGCUUGUUCCAUAUUUGGUUUGGCCCAAAAAAUAUCUCUUAGUCGUUAGCGGACCCUCCUAUAUUCAACUUGGGAUUCAUCUUCAUCUUUUAUGAUAUGAAGGGUUCUUUUUCUUGUUA